AUGAUGGAUGCCUCGGCGUUGGAGGCGCGCGGUUGGUACGACAACCAGCGCUUAGCGGCUGAAAGUUCGCUCGGCCCGACGGCAGCUGCAGCGGCGGCGGCUGCGGCCUCGCUCGGGCAGCAAUCCGGUGCCGGUGGCGUCGAUACGUCCGACAUGAAUGCAUUCUAUCGGUUCGAGAACGGCGCAGCGGCAGCCGCAGCCCACCGGCGGUACUACCCGACCGGAUACGGAACCCAUGCCUCUCGGAUGUCCCCGCAUAUGGCCCCGCAAGUGUGUCGACCGCAUUUCCCAAGUCCACUAUCGUGGUUCAAUGAAUCAACCAAACCCUUUGCUGCCAGCGGAAGUUGGAGCAGUCCCUUUACCUGCCCCCAGGACCCGCAGGAGAGUAAACAAAACCAGCUGCAAAGCAGCCAAACGUCAGCGGGUCAGCAUUUGUUCUCAUUCCCACCGACACCACCGAAGGAUUCGACGCCGGAUUCCGUGCAAACUACACCUACCGAGUACCAAACCACCCUGAACAGCUUUAUGCACCAGAGUCAGGCAGCGGCGAAUAGCCUGAAUGCUAGCUCGAGCUCAAACAGCAACAAUAACAACAACUCCAGCAUCUCAUCCCAUUCGGCGGACAACUGCGGAAUCGAUGUGAAACCCUGCUUAUCCGGAAAUUCGCUUAGCGAUCGGAACAACGCAGAGGUGGAACACAACCACCCAAAGCAUCGGGAAGGUACGGGUAAUAACAAUAGUAACAACAACAACAACAACAACAAUGGUUCCGCAUCCGCUAACAGUCACGGCGGAAGCAGUAGUGGUAACAGUACUGCCGCCUACCAAAAUUCCGCCGCCAACAAUUCGUUCAACAUGUUCGAUCAAUCGCACCACAGUGGGAUCGGAUACGAUCACACCGGGUACGGAUUCCACCAAACCGGGCACAGCAUCGGUGGCGGUGGCAGCGGAGCUGGCGGUGGCGGAGGCGGAACCGGUGGAACGUACCAGCAAAGCUCCCGGCCGGGCCUCAUGAACAGUUCGCACAUGAAGGCGCAGCGAGCGAAAGCGAAAUCCAGUGCCGAAGGACGAGAAUGUGUCAACUGUGGUGCCACCUCGACGCCACUUUGGCGGCGAGAUGCAACCGGUCAUUAUCUGUGCAAUGCAUGCGGACUAUACUACAAAAUGAACGGUCAAAACCGACCGUUAAUCAAACCGAAACGAAAACCAGUUACCUCCCAGCAAAGUGCAGCCCGUCGGGCAGGAACAUCAUGUGCAAACUGCAAAACCACUACCACGUCGCUGUGGAGGAGGAACCAAAGCGGAGAACCAGUCUGCAACGCCUGUGGACUAUACUACAAGUUGCAUAAUGUGGAUCGGCCCCUCACGAUGAAAAAAGAAGGUAUUCAAACAAGGAAUCGUAAGCUGACGGCAAAAUCCAAGAAGCGAAAAUCAACGCCUGGCUAUAGUUUCUCCUUCGGAGAUCUUAUGAAUCCACUGGAUCAUAACAAAUCCUUCCCGGGGGCAUUCCCAACGUCGAUGGGACAACAUGCUCAUCUAUCCGGCGGACUACAUCCCGCCCAUUCGCACAUGCAUAGUGGAUGGUACACGACCGGUCUCGGAUCACUGGGAACUUCCAGUAGCUUGCAAAAUGGCUUCAGUAGUACGGCGCCACUAGGAACCGGAGCUGUAGCACACCCGCAAUCGUACCAUCUCGGGUUGAACUCUAUGAGUUGGCGAUCAGAAUACACGUGA